AUGUCGAAUAACAAUUUAGAAGAUAAACCAAAAUCAGAAAAAUCAGAUAAGACUAAAUCCCUUAAAUCACAACAACAAUCCCAAUAAAUUUCUUAACCAUCAAUUUCCUUAAUGGAAAGAAAUUUAUAAAAAAUGAGAACAUUAACAUAGAAACUAAUCGCUCCAAAUGUUUUAGAAGGGCAUUCCGAAACAGUCAUAGAACAAUUAAAAUAAAUGACUCUGCCUUAACCAUCCGAUGAUUUGAUCCAUAUCACUGAAACUUUGGAAGAAGCUCACAAUAUGCAAUUUGUUUCGCAAACAAUUCAAAUCAUCUAAGGAUAAUUAUAAGAUAGAGAGCUUUUAAAUGCGAUAGCUCUUAUUGUUAGUCAUCAAUAACUCUUUAGCUCACUUUAUAUUAUAGAUGAAGAACAAGAUAGAUACAUAUUCAAAUUAUACAAAAAGAAUUAGAGAUACUCAGUAAUUAUUGAUCCUUUUGUUUAUUUCUCCAGUCAUUUACCAAAAUAUUCUCGUUCUGGUUAUAAUUCCAUUUGGGUAAGUCUAUUAGAAAAGGCAAUGUCUAUUAUUUUGGGCGGCUAUGAUUAAUUGGUUGGUAUUUCUCUGAGAGACUCAAUAAGAAAUCUGUGUGGCUUGGAUCCUGAAAUAAUAGUUUAUGAAAAUCCUGAUAAUGUUAAUUAAAAGUAGUUGUAAUAAACUUUGACUUUAUUAUAAUAAAAUGGAAGCAUUGUUGGAUUCAUGCAAAUAAACAGUAUAGGAUUUAAUAAAAAUUAAAAGGUUCAAUCCUCCUUUCUACCAACAUUAAAUUAAAUGUAUGUUUUCGAAUCUAUUCAAGAGAAUAAAGUCAAAAUUGUGAAUCACUUUUAAGUAAGCUCACAUGAGAUUACAAUCAAAGACAUUACUUAAAACUUCAAUUGCAUUGUAAUAAUUAAAGAUUUCCCUGAUGAUUACAGAGGACUCUUUAUUAAUGUCACUACGACUACUCAUGGUGUUCCUGGUAAUAAUUAACAAUGGAUCAACAAUCCAAGUUAUCAAAUUGUCAUAAACACAUAAAAUGAAUCUCAAUUCAUCUUUCGAUUAUCAGAAUUAGAGAAUUAAGAUGGCAUUACAGGUUUGCUACUUGUCAAUUAAAGAGAUGUCAGGACAUUCAAUUAAAACAAUGUUGUCUUUAUGACUAAAUAGAAUAUAGUGUAAAUUGGAUAGAGGAAAUAGAAUUAUUCUUGCUUUAGUGCUAAAAUAAAAGGGUUUCAUACCUUGUUUAUAUUCAGCACAAGCAAAGAACCUAAAUUAGUGUUACUUGAAAUCUUUUAUUCAGGCAGGCCAUCGUUGAUUGAGUUCAAAUUCAAAAGUAAACCUAUAAUUGAAUAUUGCAUUGGAGAACCUUAGGAUUCAGAGGGACUUAGAAUAUUGAGAGAUGUCAUAAAAGAUAAAGAGUUAGUAAUAGGAAAUUUUAAGAACUAACUUCUGAAUAAUCCAAAUCAACCUGUCUCUUCUAAACCUUAUAAUGAUGUCAUAGAAUUGGAUUAAGAGAUGGCAUGUAUAUAGGAAAAUUAACUAUAAGAGGAAUUGUUAGCAAUUAAUCUUGAAGGAAAGGAUCCUCAAGAGACUGAGAUCUACGAUUUUAAUGAUUAUUAAUUAACAGAUGAAGGGUUCUAAACCAUUUUACCUGAUUUGAUAGCUGAGCCUGUGAUCAAGGAAUUGAGAUUGAGAAAUAAUUUAUUGCAUGAUGAAUCAAUUCUGUAAUUAUGCUACGAGUUAGAUAAAGUUGUUGGAUAUUUCACAAAACUAAUUAACAAAAAAAUCAAAUGA